AUGCUCUGUUCUGCUGACCGGUUGGCCCAGCUUUGUCAAGAGCUGCCUGGCCUCCUUCAUUAUGCUCCUCGAACAACUCAUUUGCGUCGUUCUAUAGCACCUUUAUUGUCGCCCCCUUCUAUACUCCCUACUCUCAAUAGUGCUCAGACUGUGUUGUCUUCUCAAACUGCUAGUGCUCCGAGUUCGUCUACCGCCUCAGAAAAGACUAGGCAUUUAUCAUAUGUACAGAGUUGUGCUCAAGCCUAUGGAAAUGAACGUGAUCACUCCGGCAACACACAAGUGUCUGACCGAAUGUCACCACCUUUACAGAAGACACAGUCAGCUGCUCUGCAAGAGACGCCUACGUUAAUAGACCAGACUGCAGUGCAUGCUGAGCAAUUGUCACUCAAUAAGCACCUUGUUACUCCUGAAGUGCAACUUUCUGUGUUCUCUCUUCUCUCGGGCAACACAAUGGGUCCUAGUUCUGAGGCCUCGAAAUCCGUGUCUAAAUUCGUCGAAAUUUCAUCGGAUAAGAAAGAGAAUUUGAAGCCAAUUGAUGACUUGCUUAUCGGUGCACAUCUACUCGAGCAACUUCCGGUAUGUCCCUAA